AUGGCGCACGUGCUUAGCGGCGCCUGCCUGGGGAAUAGGGAGCAGGCCAGAUGGUUCCUCAGAGUAGCGCGAGCGCAGACAGGGACGGCGAUCAGCAAAGUGGCACAGGCGGCACCCGACUCCAAGGAGACGCUGAAGACGCUGAGGAUGGCGCAUGUCGCUGCGCUGAAGGGCUCACGCUACAGGGUGCUGGACGAGGACGGGUACGAUACACUGGCCCCCGCAGUCGGGGGGGUGUUGCCAGCACUGGUAGAUGACCUCUCGGAGAAGAGCCGAAGGGACCUUGGCACCGGGGUCACGAGGAACUUGCAAGUCGUGGCCGAGGCGGCGACGGGAGCGGUGCAGAGGUGGAUACAGCUCAAUGACGAAGCAACGGCGCGCAUAAUGAAGAGAGAGGAACACAUCGAGUGGCUGAGGAAGCUCUUCGCUGGGUGGAAGGAGGCCCGCCCGGCCUUGAGGGAGUCGCGGAGGAGGAGGGAUAACGGAGGCAACGUGCAGACAGGCCAACAGCCAGUGGGACGAACGAGGGCCGCGACGGCGGCUCAAGCGGGAGGGAGCGGAGACGGUGGGCAGAGAGCGAAGUGGGUGAGACUGAUGAUGCUCCUUCGACUUAGGGAGCGGUUCCGCUGCUGGGCGAGCUUCAGGAUGGUGCUCACGCGAAAAGGAAUCGACGCGAUGUACAAAGCAUACAAGAAGAGGAGAAAGAAGAGGAGAGGCGCCAGUGAUGACGAAACAGAAGCUAGUGCAGACGAGGGCAGGGCAGACCCGGGGACGGCGGAGGCGGACCAGACGGCAUCGACCGCCGAGGGAACGUUGGGAAGAGGCACGAGGAGGGCGGCGACCUCAACCGACUAUGGAGGACCCGUCACCAGACGACGCAGGGCGGACGACGGUGAGGCGGAGCAGUCGCGCAGGGCGAGACGAGGGAGGGAGCAGGACGUUGCGGAGAUCAGCAGGAGGAUGUACGAAGAGAUUAGGAGCAGCAGGGACCCGAGGGACCAUGUGGAAGACGGCUAG